AUCCGUCAUGACAUGUAUUAUAUCCAGGGAGGCGAUGUGAUCUUCAGAGUUGAAAACUUCUUGUUUCGUGUCCACAGCUACUUCUUCGUCCGGGAGUCAUCGUACUUUCGAGAGAGGCUGCCCCACCCACCCCCUCCUGGCGACCCCCCACGGGGUACAUCGGAUUCAAAUCCAUUCGUGCUCGAUGAUGCUUUGAGCGUUGACUUUGCGAGAUUUCUUUGGGUGUUCUACAAUCCGAAAUAUUCGAUAUAUGGUGCGAACGUCGAAGAGUGGACAUCCAUUCUGAAGCUCGCCCAUCAAUGGAAGUUCGCUGCCAUCAAAGAGCUCGCAGUCCGGGAGCUGGAGCUCCUCACCAUCGAAGCGGUCCCGAAGAUCGUCAUUUACCAUACAUAUGAGAUCGAUCGCACGCUUCUCAUUCCAUCGUACACAGUGCUCACCACCCGCGAGGAGCCCAUAUCGAUCAUCGAGGGCAAGGAGCUGGGCCUCGAGACCUCCCUUCAUCUUGCGCGUGCGCGCGAGAUUGCACGUGGACCU